ACUUCCGUUGUGUUGGAGGCGCUGACCAUUGAGGCUGAGAGAGCUCUGGUUUGAGAGCGACGACCGCUACCCUUAGGCCAUCAGUGCGAGGGAGGGCCGUCCUGAAAGAUGUCGCAAAUGGAGCUGGCGUUGGACCCUGGUGACCAGGACCUGUUGGGUUUUCUGCUAGAGGAAAGCGGGCAUUCGGGGGCUGCGCCCGAUGAGGCUCAGGAGGCUCUGCUGGACUGGGAGCUGCCGCCCUCCCAGGAACUGAGCGACUGGGAGGUGGAGGAUUUGCUGAGCUCCCUGCUGAGUCCCCCACCAUCACUGGCUGACUCCGCCAGCAUCUGUCCUGUCCACCACGAUCACACCUACUCUCUCCCAGGGGAACGCGUCUCUGUAGACUUAGACAGUGCGAGCUGUGGAGAGGAGAGGACCCACAAGACUCCACCUCAUUUGGAGGAGCCAGCAGAGCAGGAGACUGCCAAGCUGAUGCUGACAGAGGAGGAGGAGAGGCUGUUGGAGAAGGAGGGGCUUGCUCUGUCCGGAACACUUCCUCUUACUAAGAUGGAGGAACAAGUUCUGAAACGGGUGCGGAGGAAGAUUCGAAACAAGAGGUCUGCUCAAGAGAGCCGAAGGAAGAAGAAGGUGUAUUUGGGGGGGCUAGAGAGCAGGGUUUUGAAAUAUACAGCCCAGAACCUGGAGCUACAGAACAAAGUACAGCUUCUGGAGGAAGAGAAUCUGUCCCUUCUAGAUCAGCUGAGGAAGCUUCAGGCCAUGGUAAUUGAGAUAUCAAACAAAACCAGCAGCAGCAGCACCUGUGUCCUGGUCCUGCUAUUUUCUUUCUGUCUCCUCUUUGUACCUGCUAUGUACUCCUCUGACACAAGGGGCAGCCUGCCAGCUGAGGAUGUUGUGUUGUCCCGCCAGCUUCGUGCCCUCCCCAGUGAGGACCCUUCCCAGCAAGAGCUGCCUGCUCUGCAGUCAGAGGUACCAAAGGAGAGCAUAAGUCAGUUGCUGGACAGUUCAGACCAUGUGCUUCAGGCUCCUGGCAACUGUUCCUGCCUGUUGUACCACAUGCCUCAGCCUUCUCAGGCGGAGCCUCCCCAGCAGUGGCCACUUGACCUCUUCUCAGAGCCCCCCUGCCCAGGUUCCAUGCUUUACCUGCAGGCAAAUCUCACAAGAAAGGAGAAAUGGCUCCCUAACCACAGCUCUUCGUCUGUCAUCUUGCAAGGGAGAUACUCGGGUUAAACAUGAGCAUAAAGGGUAUGUCCGCUACAGCCUAAGUGCCCUUCCCCCACCGGUGUCCAAACAGAAAGGAGCGGGAGAGGGUUGGCUUUUAUUCCACUGCCAGUAGGGUGCCUGAGGGCUCAAACACAUACGUACUGGCUUUGUGGGUCUUUUAUUUGUACCCGUGUGUCUACUGUCCCAUGAAUGGAUCUGAGGAAAUCAACUGACCUCCUACAUUUCAUACAGUGAGGGAAGGGGUAAGGAAAGAAAUAAAUAAGUGAUUUUGA